AUGAAGUUCGGUGUUCAUCUAUUAGCAAAUUUGACACCGGAAUGGAAUCGCCAGUAUAUUCAAUACGAAUACUUGAAAGAUUUUCUUGAUAAAGCGAUGCAGCAGUCUGUGAUUUUGAAUGAAAAGUCAAGAUUAGAAGAAUAUUUUUGUCAUGUUGAUGAAGAAUUUUUCCAAUUUUGCGAAAAGGAAGUGACAAAGAUCAAUACAUUUUUUGCGGAAAAGCUGGCGGAAGCAAUGAGACGAUUUACAACAUUGAAAGAUGAAAUCGACUAUCGAAAAAUGAUUUACGGAGACAAUUGUUCGAAUGACAAAUGUUCAGUUUCAUUUAUUCAUAAAACUAAUCGUAUUGGUAUUUCAAAUGGUGAAGCAAAGUUGAUGAAACAGAUGAGUCGUUUCGUUCCUGAUCGACUAUUUCAAGAUAAAAGAAGACUUUCAAGUGUCAAAACAUUGAAAUUGGCAUUUAGUGAAUACUAUCUCAUGUUAAUUCUUUUACAAAAAUAUCAACUACUGAAUUUCACUGGAUUUGUGAAGAUUCUGAAAAAACACGAUAAAUUAUUUCAAACAACGCGCGGCGAACAAUUUAGGAAAUCUCAUAUUGAAACAGCAGCAUUUUAUACAGCAACGAAAGUAACCGAACUCAUUCGUGACGUGGAAAAAAUUUACACGAGCGAACUUGAAUCAGGCGAUCGAACACGAGCUAUGAAACGUCUUCGCGUCCCGCCACUAGAAGAAAUACAAUCAUCAUCAGUGACAUUUCGCCUAGGCAUUUUCAUCGGUAACAUCUCGCAGCAUUGUACAGUCAAAGAUCGAAAGAAAAAUAUUUUGUUUUCCAUAGGAAUUCUCGGUGUUUUAAUCCCGUUAUUGAUAAUUUUAAUUAUCAUCUUGAGAAAAAGUCAAAGUGGCGCAGUCGUACGUUGGCGUGAUGGGUUUCAUCUAUAUCGUUCAUCGUUUUUGAUAAUCCUUCAAGUAAUCUUAACUGGAAUCAAUAUUUAUGGUUGGACCUCGUCAGGUGUCAAUCAUAUUCUUAUCUUCGAAAUCGAUCCGCGAAAUCAUCUAACAUAUCAACAACUUCUCGAAAUUGGAACAUGUUUGUGCGUCCUUUGGUCCUUUAGUUUUAUAGUCUUUGUCAUUACGUCUUAUUUGGACUAUUAUCCAUUCGUUCAUCCAUUAAUCUUCGUGAUCUUUCUCUUGGUGUUCUUCUUCAAUCCAUUUCCAAUACUUUAUUAUUCCGCACGUUGUUGGUUAAUGAAAACCUUGGUGUUAGUCUUUACCGCUGCAUUCCAUCCGAUACGUUUUGCGGAUAAUUGGCUUUGUAAUCAAUUGACAUCGCUCGAAUUAGCUUUUUACGAUUGUGAAUAUUAUUUUUGUUUUUAUUUUUCCAAUUCCGACUGGUGGAAAACAAAUUUAAUUGCGUCGUCAUUACCCUCAGGCAUCUUUUGUACAGGCUGGACAAAAUUCCUCCUUCAAGCCUUUCUUCUCGCGAUUCCAUCGUCGCUCCGUUUCACUCAAUGCAUUCGUCGGUAUUAUGACACAAAAGCAAAGUAUCCUCAUCUUCUCAACGCCGGUAAAUACGCCAUGGGCUUUACCGUUGCCAUUACAAAUUCACUUCGACGCGCAAGUAUGUCAUUAAGUGAAACUUAUUCAACAAAUCCGAAAACGAAUCCAUUUAUUUACCUAUGGAUCAUAACUGCACUGAUUAAUUCGACAUAUAAAUUGAUCUGGGAUGUGAAAAUGGACUGGGGAUUAUUUCAUAAGAAUGCAGGGGAAAAUCGAUUUCUACGCGAUCAUAUUAUAUACUCGUCGAAGAAUUACUAUUAUUAUGGAAUUGUUCAAGAUUUGUUUCUGAGAUACUCGUGGACGAUAAAUAUUUUCAUACAAUUCCAUACGGAAGCAGCGGAAUAUGCAGAUGUGAUUGGCUUUGUGUUCGGUUUGUUGGAAUUGAUUCGAAGAUUUUCGUGGAACUUUUUUCGAUUGGAAAAUGAACAUUUGAAUAAUUGUGGACGAUAUCGAGCGAUUCGGGAUAUUUCGAUAAAACCAAUUUCAACAGAUAUCGAUUUCAUGGCAGUGAAUCAGAAAUCCAAUGUUCGAUUUCGAAGAAAGAAAGACGAAAAGGAAAUGAUCAAUGAAAAUGAGGAAAACUUCAAGAAAGUUACGAAAUAA